CAACACACAUUUCACUAUCACUCAAAUCUCUUUAUCUGGCGUCGUUCAUCAUGCCUGUCACAUUCAGAGUCACAGACAACGCUUCGGAGAACUGGAACAAGCCCAGUGCAACCUCUCCAGAAGGCUUGUUUAAAGAGUCAUGCUACACCGAAGCUCUUGACUGCGCGGGUAUCAUUCAGUCCUCUCUAUCCCCUUCUACGUUUCACAAUGCCCACAUCACACCUUCUACCAACGCUUUCAUAUACGCAGUCUGGGACGCUUACAGCAGCCAUCACCACCUCACCAUUCGACCCGAUGAUAUCUGGUUCGCCAUCCUCUCCCAACUGAACUUCUAUAUCAACGCCCACGCCGAAGACCUCCGCUCACACUUCGUUGCGCACGAGGGUCAGAAGGAACUUAAGGUCACAGCAGUCGGAACCAUUGAAAGUGUCGACAUAGGCGCUCUCGCCCGUCGAAUGACUGGCUUAAUCCAAGAGAAUGUGAACGACCCCAACCUCAGAGACUGGAUCAUGCCCGCAUUCAGCACCACCACCGUCCACGACCGCACAACCGCCGCCGUCCUCAUGAUGGGCAGCUUACAAGCAUACUUCCACUACGUCAUGGAUAUCAUGUGUGGCAUACCCACCAUAACCCUCCUCGGCCAACGCGCCGACUACGAAGACAUCCUCCAGCGCCUCGACAAACUGGACGACCUCGGCCCCGAAGCAAAAGACUGGGCAUCCCUCCUGCGCCCCAUCAUGCGCAGAUUCGUGGCUAGUUUCGAUCCCGAAAUGUCGUCUGAAGUAAAGACCUUCUGGAGCUCAAUCGUCCACCACUCCGCUGGAUCCGGCCAGAGUUACCUCUCCGGUUGGCUCACAGCAUUCUGUUUCUGGGACUCCGAAGGGGUGUCUAUGUACUACCGCAAUUCACCCGCUUUCUCUGACCCGUACACCCCCGUCGAAAAAAACAAUAUCUGUGGGCCAAGGCUACAGAUUGAUGGGGUGUGGUAUGCUUGCGUCGACACGGAACGCAUCCCGACGGGAUUUGCGAGCGUGCCGGUUACGGUGAUUGAUAACGGGGUGGAGUAUAAGACGAAGAUGGUGGCGGGGAGUUUGGGUAUUGGGGUGGAGAGGAGUGGGGAGAAGGAUAAGGAUGGGGUGGAGAAGUUGGAUUCGGUGAGGGGGCUGAGUGGGUGGGUUAUGUAUGAGCUUGUGGGUGGGGAGGAGAAGAAGGUGAUGAAGGGGGAUUUGGAGAAUUUUUAGUGGUGGGGUUUAGCAGGACUCAAAUUGUACGCAUAGGGUACC